CAUGCAUUCCUCCUACCAAAUUAACUAGCCUUUUCCCUUAAAAAAAUAAAAAAAUCCUUCUCUAUCAUUCAUAUUCUUUGCUUGCUGCUUGAAGAUGAUUAAGAACAUUAUCGACGCCAUCGUCGGCAAGAAGAUCGAAGGGACCGUGGUGUUGAUGAAGAAGAAUGUUUUGGACUUCAACGACUUUAAUGCAUCGGUUCUUGAUCGUGUCCAUGAAUUAUUCGGCCAGAGGGUUUCUCUGCAGCUCGUUAGUGCUGUUAAUUAUGGCGACUCAACUGAGAAUGGGUUGCAAGCUGGGAAGCUUGGAAAGCCAGCAUACUUGGAAAACUGGAUAAGCACAAUCGCCCCCUUAAUAGCGGGCGAGUCUUCAUUCAAGGUUACCUUUGACUGGGACGAGGACAUAGGAAUUCCAGGAGCAUUCUUAAUAAGAAAUGAUCAUCACAGUGAGUUCUACUUGAAAACUCUUACACUCGAAGAUGUUCCAGGCCAUGGUCGGAUCCACUUUGUCUGCAACUCGUGGGUUUACCCUACAGACAAAUACAAAAAAGACCGGUUUUUCUUCUCCAACAAGACAUAUCUUCCAAGUGAAACACCAAGGCCACUGCUGAAGUACAGAGAACAAGAACUACUGAACUUGAGAGGAGAUGGAACAGGAGAGCUUCAGGAAUGGGACAGGGUCUAUGACUAUGCUUACUACAAUGAUUUGGGGAAUCCAGAUCAGGACCCUAAAUAUGCCCGUCCAGUUCUCGGAGGGUCUACUGAGUACCCCUAUCCUCGUAGGGGAAGAACUGGACGACCACCAACUGAGACAGAUCCCAACACCGAGAGCAGGGUGAAGCUUCUCAUGAGCUUAAACAUUUAUGUUCCAAGAGACGAACGUUUUGGUCACUUGAAGAUGUCAGACUUCCUUGCUUAUGCACUGAAAUCCAUCGUUCAAUUCCUUAAACCUGAGCUAGAAUCUCUAUUCGACAGCACUCCAACUGAGUUUGACAGCUUCCAAGAUGUAAUUAACCUCUAUGAAGGAGGACUUAAGCUGCCUGACGGUGUACUUGAGCAUAUUAAGGACAACAUCCCCGCGGAGAUGCUCAAGGAAAUUUUCCGAUCAGAUGGCGAAGGACUCCUCAAAUAUCCAAUGCCCCAAGUGAUUAAAGAGGAUCGAUCUGCAUGGAGGACUGAUGAAGAGUUUGCAAGAGAGAUGCUGGCUGGAGUAAACCCUGUCUCCAUUCGUGGUCUUGAAGAAUUUCCACCCACAACCAAGCUUGAUCCUAAAGUAUAUGGUGAUCAAACCAGUACAAUAGCCAAAGAACAAGUAGAGAAGAGCAUCGAUGGACUCAGCAUAGAGGAGGCAAUCAAGAAGAACAAAUUGUUCAUAUUAGAUCAUCAUGAUGCUUUCAUGCCGUACCUGAGGCGAAUAAACUCAACUACGACCAAGACUUAUGCUAGCAGGACAAUCCUGUUUUUGAAAAGUGAUGGGACUUUGAAGCCGGUGGCAAUUGAAUUAAGCUUGCCCCAUCCUGAAGGAGACAAGUUUGGUGCCAUCAGCAAAGUUUUCACACCAGCUGAACAAGGUGUUGAAGGCUCCUUUUGGCAACUGGCCAAAGCUUAUGUGGCUGUAAAUGACUCCGGCUACCAUCAGCUCAUUAGCCACUGGCUAAAUACCCAUGCUGCAAUUGAGCCAUUUGUGAUAGCAACAAACAGGCAGUUGAGUGUGCUUCACCCUAUUCACAAGCUUCUGCAUCCUCACUUCCGAGACACCAUGAAUAUAAAUGCAUUUGCCCGGCAGAUCCUGAUUAAUGCUGGCGGAAUUCUGGAAUUGACAGUCUUUCCAGCAAAGUAUGCCAUGGAGAUGUCAUCAAUAGUUUAUAAGGACUGGGUUUUUCCUGAGCAAGCUCUUCCUGCAGAUCUCAUCAAGAGAGGAAUAGCAGUCAAGGAUUCCAGUUCCCCUCAUGGUCUGCGCCUUCUGAUUGAAGACUAUCCAUAUGCUGUUGAUGGGCUAGAAAUCUGGUCAGCGAUCAAAACAUGGGUUGAAGACUACUGCUCCUUCUAUUACAAGACAGAUGACAUGGUCCAAAAGGACUCUGAACUGCAGUCCUGGUGGAAAGAACUCAGAGAGGAGGGUCAUGGGGACAAAAAAGAUGAGCCCUGGUGGCCUAAAAUGCAGAAACGAGAAGAGCUUGUAGAAACAUGCACUAUCAUCAUAUGGGUAGCUUCUGCACUCCAUGCAGCAGUCAACUUUGGACAGUAUCCUUAUGCAGGCUACCUACCAAACCGGCCAACAAUUAGCCGCCGGUUCCUGCCUGAAGAAGGCACUCCUGAAUAUGCUGAACUCCAAUCAAACCCUGACAAGGCUUUCUUGAAGACAAUUACUGCCCAGCUCCAAACUCUUCUUGGCGUGUCUCUGAUAGAGAUUCUGUCAAGGCAUUCCACUGAUGAGGUCUAUCUUGGGCAAAGAGACACUCCUGAAUGGACAUUGGAUGCACAACCAUUGAAAUCCUUUGAGAAAUUUGGAAAGAAACUGGCUGAAAUUGAGGAUAGAAUUAUAAGCAUGAACAAUGACAAGCAAUGGAAAAACCGAGUUGGACCAGUGAAGUUGCCAUAUACUUUGCUCUAUCCCACUAGUGAAGGCGGACUUACUGGCAAGGGAAUUCCCAAUAGUGUCUCGAUCUAAUGCUCCUCUAUUGGGGUUGUUACCAGAGUCUUGGCAGUGGUGUUUUCCUUAGUAAGGACAUGUAACUAGAAAUUCUAUGAUGUCAAUCACAUGUAACUUUAAUUUGAAUAAAUUAGUACUACUAAUAAGUACUGAUAGUGCACCCGAUGCACGGGAAAAUUGUUAUUUUUUAAUUCUAUUUAUAAGUGGAUUGUGGAUUAAGUUUUUGAAUGUCACAUAUUAUUUGAUUA